CAAUGUGUGGGAUGUUGCUGCUGCUGCUUACGCUUCCAAUCAGUUGGGCACAAACAACUGGUACAUAGAAUACUUCCUAGCUUCCAAGUCCAAAUCAACACAAACAACUGUGACUCCAAAAUGGAAAAAGUUAAAAAAAUAGUAUCCCCUUUCAGUCUCUCCUCUCUUCUUCGCCAACAAAAGGAUCCGAAAAUCGCCCUUCAACUCUUCCUCAAUCCUAAUCCCAUCAAUAAAAACUACCAAAAAACACCUAAACCCUUCCGUUAUUCUCCCUUAUGUUAUGAUCUAAUCAUAACCAAACUCGGUAGAGCCAAACUCUUCAAUCAAAUGGAACUAAUUCUCAAUAAAUUAAAACAAGACACUCAAAUUUCCCUAAACGAAGUCGUUUUCUGCAACAUUAUUUCCUUCUACGGAAGAUCACAUUUAUCCGAAAAGGCUCUUCUUAUGUUUAACGAAAUACCCUCUUUUCGUUGUUAUAGAAGUAUAAAAUCUGUUAACACUUUGUUAAAUGCACUUUUAAAUUGUAAAGAAUAUAUCAAGACUGGUGAAUUGUUAAAGAAUUUUGAAAAAUAUGGAACCCCAGAUGUUUGUACGUUUAAUAUACUGAUGAAAAUGAGUUGUAAUCGUGGUUAUUUGGGUAACGCUCGUCAAGUGUUUGAUGAAAUGCGUAAGAGAGGAAUUACGCCGAAUGUGGUUACUUUUGGGACGUUGAUUAAUGGACUCUGCGUGAAUGGAGAGUUGGAUGAAGCGUUUUCGAUGAAAAGGGUAAUGGAGAGAGAUUUUAAGUUGAAGGGUAACGCGUUUGUUUAUGUUGCAUUGAUUAAAGGACUUUGUAAGGUUAAUGAUUUGGACGCGGCGGUUAAGUUGAAAGAGGAAAUGUUGAGAAAGAAAGUGGAAUUGGAUUCAGCUGUGUAUUCUACUUUGAUUAGCGCGUAUUUUAGGAUUGGUCGGAAGGAUGUAGUUUAUGGUUUGUUGAACGAGAUGGAAAAGAACGGUUGUAAAUGUGAUACGGUUACUUUUAACGCGUUGAUGCAUGGUUAUUGUCAGGAGAAAGAUUUUGAUUCUGCAUUUAGGGUUCUUGAUGAGAUGGAAGGGAAAGGGUGUAAGCCUGAUGUGAUUAGUUGUAAUGUGAUAAUUCGAGGCCUUUGUGAUGAUGGGAAAUUAAGAGAAGCUAGUGAAAUCUUGGAUGAUAUGCCUAGACGGCGGUGUAAACCUGAUGUGGUUAGUUAUAGGAUAUAUUUUGAUGGGCUCUGUAAGGCGACGAAGUUCAAGGAAGCUGCGGUUAUUUUGCAUGAGAUGGUUUUCAAAGGAUAUGUUCCUCGCGAUACGAGUUUGAUUAAAUUGUUCGAUGGGCUGAUUCAAGAAGGAGAUAGGGAAUCGUUAAUGAGAGCUUUCGAUAACAUGGCGUCUGUAAAUUGUAUUAGUAAAGAAGUUUGGGAAAUGAUGAUUUCCAUGAUGUGCCAACAAGAUAACUUGUCUAAUGCAUCUAGUCUUGUAGGAAUGGUAAUGGAGUAAACAAAUUCUCAUGGUAAAAGUUUAACACCCAAGUUUAUCUCGCAUGUAUCCAAACAGCUUUGACUUAUAACAAUGCUUAAGCUUACUUUUUUUUUUUUUGCUCAUAAGCGGGUUGUUUGCCUUUCUUUUCUCCUUAAUAUUUUUUAUUAUGGCUGUAAGGUAUUUCUAGAUUGUACUCUCACCAGUUCUGGAACAUGUUUCUGUAUUUUUAGCCCAUAUCUGGAUAAAGAAGGCUGUAAUGGUCAAGAUUCUGUUUUCCUUAUCGUAAA